GCGUUUCUCGGGUCGGCGAUAUCGGAAAGUGGGUGUUGCUCUGUUGCUUCCAUCAGUUCCGUUCCGUCAGCCGUCCGUCGGCCCGCGACCGAGAGCGCCGAGGGUAUCGCGCCACGUUUAACGGGCAGACGGAGUCGAGGCAGGACAGCGAGAUCUCGGCGAGCCCACCCUUCGGGGGAGUCAUGCAUUGAUCUCAACUCGAAAAGCUAACUUUGCCCUCUGUCAAGAUGAUAGGGGGUCUAUUUGUUUACAACCACAAGGGAGAGGUGCUCAUCUCCCGAGUGUAUCGGGAUGAUAUUGGCCGUAACGCAGUGGAUGCAUUUCGUGUCAAUGUCAUCCAUGCGCGGCAGCAAGUACGCUCGCCUGUAACCAACAUUGCCAGAACGUCGUUUUUCCAUAUAAAGCGCGCUAACAUCUGGUUAGCCGCCGUCACCAAGCAAAAUGUUAACGCGGCUAUGGUAUUCGAGCUGCUGCUGAAGAUCAUAGAUGUUAUGCAGUCGUACUUCGGCAAGAUUUCAGAAGAGAACAUUAAGAACAAUUUCGUGCUUAUUUACGAGCUGCUCGACGAGAUACUUGACUUUGGAUAUCCACAGAACUGUGAUACGGGAGUACUGAAGACAUUUAUCACUCAGCAAGGCGUGAAAUCAGCCACCAAGGAAGAACAAGCUCAAAUAACAUCGCAAGUCACCGGUCAGAUCGGAUGGAGACGAGAGGGUAUCAAGUACAGGCGUAACGAACUUUUCCUGGACGUACUUGAAUACGUGAAUCUAUUGAUGAGCCCUCAGGGUCAGGUUCUCAGCGCUCAUGUUGCUGGAAAGGUGGUAAUGAAAUCCUAUUUAUCCGGAAUGCCGGAAUGCAAGUUUGGGAUCAACGACAAGAUCGUUAUGGAGGCUAAGGGCAUGAAAGGAGGUGGUGGAUUGGGAGGCGGUGGAGAUGAUCCCACAGGCGCUAGAUCCGGCAAGCCGGUUGUCGUUAUCGAUGACUGCCAAUUCCAUCAGUGCGUUAAGCUUAGCAAAUUCGAGACCGAACAUUCCAUUAGUUUUAUACCGCCGGAUGGUGAAUUUGAGCUGAUGAGAUACCGUACCACGAAGGAUAUAUCAUUGCCCUUCCGCGUGAUACCGUUAGUACGCGAGGUGGGCCGAACGAAAAUGGAAGUUAAGGCGGUCCUGAAAUCAAACUUCAAGCCCUCGUUGCUGGGGCAGAAGAUAGAGGUGCGCGUACCGACGCCGUUAAAUACCGCCGGCGUGCAGCUGAUAUGUUUGAAGGGUAAGGCGAAGUACAAAGCAUCGGAGAACGCGAUCGUAUGGAAGAUCAAGCGCAUGGCCGGCAUGAAGGAGACGCAGCUGUCCGCCGAGAUCGAUCUGCUCGAGACGGACACGAAGAAGAAAUGGACGAGGCCGCCGAUAUCGAUGAAUUUCGAAGUGCCGUUUGCGCCGUCCGGCUUCAAAGUGCGCUACUUGAAAGUUUUCGAGUCCAAAUUGAAUUACUCCGAUCACGACGUGAUAAAAUGGGUUCGUUACAUAGGCCGCAGCGGCCUGUACGAGACGCGGUGUUAAUGAUUCCGAGUUCUCGAUGUGGAGGCGUAAAUAAUUGUUAAAGAAGUAAUCUCAAUGCGAAAGCCACGACUACGAGUAUCGAUAUUGGCUGUUUCUCGUUAUUAUUUCAUUGUAGCGCAUAUUCGAAGCAACGAUCUGAAAUUGUUGUCGGAUGGUUAAUUCCGAAUCGUGUACGGUACGUAGCGAUGGAUAAUGUAUCGAAAGAAGAAUUCCAUUGUCAGCACAAAAUUUCUGUAUAAUUGCAGGACAUUUUUUUUGUAUAUUACAUAGUGUACUAGCACGAGUGACGUUCAUUUUUAUUUUUUAGGAGAAGAUACGAUAUUACGUUGGGAGAAAACUUCCCAAACGCAAAAAGUAAAAAUAGGUUCCAACUUACGUUAAGCGAAUAUCAUAAUUAUAGUAUCAGGCAGAUUAUUUCUUUCGUGCCAAUUUUUCACGUCGUCCAUUUUUUCGAUUCUCGCGAUAUCGCACCAUGCAAAGUGGAUGGUAUGAGGUAUAAUCAGAUUUUGUUAAUGUUGAAAAUUUGUUACCGAAAAUUAUGAUAAUUAUGGUGAUAUGAUAGGUAUGAUCAUGGAUUAUUUAUAUACACUUACUCGUAUCAUUUAACGAGAUUUUUAUUUUCUUUUGCUUCGUUCCUGCCGAAAUGAUCAAUACAAGUUUUUAGUAUUAAUAUAAUUCCAAGCUGAGUAAUUAAAACAUCUCGAUUCGCCUCUGGAAUCAAUGCAGCCAUUAGGAUGAUCUAUAUUCAAGAAAUAUAAAUAUAUUUGUAGGAUUACUAUACGUAAUAUUUUUUUCCGGAGCACAUCAUGAAUUUCUGUAUUAUAUAUGUAUUAAUAUAUAUGUACGCGAAUUUUAAUUACUCAUUUCUUGCGUAAUGAUAUAUGGAGUUAUGGCCUCUUUGGUACCGGAGUUUGAACGUAACUGAGCAAAUCCGUGUGCUAGUACGGAUCAUUCGGUGCGAGCUUGCGAUGCGCUCAAUGAAAUGUAGAAUGCUAUUAACCUGUUAUCCGUGCAUGAGAAUAAGAGUAGAAAGAAGCAUUGAUCGAUUGUACGAGCGUGAUUGAUUUGGUCUCUCUAAAAGAACGCUCGAAUGCGUAAUGAAAUAUAUGUGUGAAAUAAA